AGCGCAAUCUCACUGGCCACACGGCAUUGUUUGAGGUUACUUCCUUUACAACAUCGCGAACUAAUGAAAACAACAAAAUACUACUUAAUAAGUUUUCAGAAAGAAAACUGAAUCUAUUUCUAAAUCAAAUUGAACAUUAAUAUUGUAAUACUUUUUUUUACUUUUGGUAUUCAGUAACGCAGCAAAUAAUAAAUCAUGCCACAAAAUGAGUAUAUGGAACGGCACCGUAAAUUAUACGGUCGCCGUAUGGAUUAUGAACAACGUAUGCGUAAGAAGGAAGCUCGUGAGCCUCAUUUACGUUCUGAUAAGGCGAAACGUCUUCGUGGUCUUAAAGCUAAGCUCUACAACAAGGAGCGCCGCAAUGAAAAGAUUCAAAUGAAGAAAAAGAUCAAGGAACAUGAAGAAAAAUUACAGAAAAAGAAGGAAGAGAAACCCAAGGAAGGCGCAUUGCCAGUUUAUUUACUUGACAGAGAUGUUCAAUCAAGUGCCAAAGUACUCUCCAACAUGAUCAAACAAAAACGUAAAGAAAAGGCAGGCAAAUGGGAUGUACCUAUACCUAAGGUGAGAGCUCAAUCAGACAAUGAGGUAUUCAAGGUCUUCAGGACAGGCAAAUCUAAGAGAAAAGGAUGGAAGAGGAUGGUGACAAAAGUAUGUUAUGUUGGAGAAGGAUUUACUCGUAAACCUCCUAAGUUCGAAAGGUUUAUUAGGCCAAUGGCUCUACGUUUCAAUAAGGCACAUGUAACUCACCCCGAACUAAAGGCCACAUUCUGUCUACCAAUUAUUGGUGUAAAAAAGAAUCCUAAUUCUCCAAUGUAUACAAAUUUAGGCGUUAUAACUAAAGGUACUGUAAUAGAAGUAAACAUUAGUGAACUAGGUCUGGUAACACAGACUGGUAAAGUAGUAUGGGGAAAAUAUGCACAGGUUACUAAUAAUCCAGAGAAUGAUGGUUGUAUUAACGCUGUACUUUUGGUUUAAGUUCUUAAAUUUGUUUUUGUUUCGACUGUAAUUAAUAAAAUAAAUAUUUAUUUUAUCAUAAA